GAAAGCACCAGGCAUCGGGCGCGCACCCCCUCCUCUCCCCCCGCGAAUUAAGCGACCCCCCCUCCCUCCCGAGGGAGGGCGUCUUGGAGGGGGGGGCAGAGGAGGAAACCCACUCCGGCAGCCCCAGCCCAGCAACUGAGGAGCGGAGUUGAACUGCGCUGGCUACACGUGGCGAAGCCGACCGAGACCCACCCUUCGCUGGGAUCGCAUCGGGGGCCGGGGGGGGGGAACCGACCGCAGUCGGGGGAGGAGACCAGCUCCGUUCGCUCGAACUGGAUCUGGAGGCUCCCCGAGGCCGCUAGCAACACCCUUCCUGCCCCGGUCCCUUGAGCCCGGCGUCUGGUGGCCAAGAAGAGACGGACCGAGCUGGGGCCAAGAGCAUCUGCGCGGACCGGUGGCUUCCCCCAGGUCCGGUCUCCCUGCUGCGGGACCGGAGGCUCCCGGGCCGAAAGGACCGGCCGGAGGCUGCGAGGAAGCGAGAGCUCGAAGGGGCGGGCGAGCCAGCCAGCCAGCCAGCCAGCCAGCCAGCGGCACUGUCUCUUCGGGGUGCUCCGGCUCGCCCUGCCCACUUGGCGUCCCCAGUCGCCCCUCGGGCCUCGGCUGCUUUGCUGCGCCUUAUUAGACGGCGCGGACCGCUGGCGAAUCCUGCCGCUUCCCUGCUGAGCUUUGCAAUUCCCGAAACUGCUGGGCUGGAGCUUGAGCUGGGAGAAGACCCGGCGUCUCUCUGACCAAAACCGACUUCUCUCCUUCUUCCGACGGGCCUCUCCUUCGCCUUCCUCCUUGUUCCCUUCUGCAAGUCAAUUCCUGGACUCAAGCGGUUGUGUUUUUUUUUAAGCGAGUUUGAGCUGCUGCUUCUCUCCUUCCCUCCUUUGGUCUAGGCUGCCUCUAGCCUCUAGCCUGUCUUCCAGGAGAAGACAGCUUCCUACCCCAGCAACAGAGGGAGAAGACCACCUGGAAGUGUCCCCCUUCCUUUCUCCCAAGACCCUGGAUUGCCAUCGGUCUGCAUGAUGAAAGGUGCUGGUCCCCCGCUGCUUCUUUCCCUGCUGGUCGGAAUCUUGUGUCUCUGGAACCGGAGUCUUGUGGAACCCCAGUCCGUGUUGACGGACCAUGAAAUUGAGGAAUUCUUGAAAGGCUUCUUGGGAGAGGUGGACGAGGACUUAGAAGGGCCAGAGGCAGAGAAAGUGGCUGUGGCUUUGGAACUUCCUGAGAACCAAGGAAACCUGAAUCCUGCAGAAGGAGAGAAAGCCCCAACAGAGGUGGAAGAAGUAGCACAGGAAAGAGUGACAGAGAAGCCCAAGAAGGGGAAGAAGGAGAAGCCACCUAAACCCACAAAAAAGCCGAAGGAGAAACCACCCAAGGGCUCCCCAAAGCCGAAGCCUCCCAAGAAGGAGAAGCCUCCCAAACCCACCAAAAAGCCAAAGGAGAAGCGUCCCAAAGCCACCAAGAAACCUAAGGAGAAGCGUCCCAAAGCCACCAAGAAACCAGCAGCUGGAAAGAAGGCAGAAAGGCCUUCUCCUCCAGUUCCACAGGAGGAAGAGAGGUACCACUUUCCGGAAACACCACUGACCCCGCCUCCAACCGGAGAGGAAGAUGGCUAUGGGUUACCCGAUUCACCCCAUUAUCUCUUUCCCUACGGUCGAGAAGAUGACCUUUCCCGAGUCAAUGAAGAAGGGGGCGAAUCUCUGUAUCCUGAGAAGAUAAUUGAAAAACAAGAUCCGUCCAGGUUUCACACCGAUGUCUAUGAAUCUCCAACGGAGCCACAGGAGACCCCCACAGGUGACAAAGAUCAGGAAGAAUUUCCUGUAGAACAAGAGCCGCCAACACUGGACUUCAAUGAACAGAUUGAGCGUGAGGACUACGAGGAUUACCAAUAUGUCCGGCGUGAGAAAAAACUCAAAAAAACACCACAAAGGAAACCUGAGAGACCCAGGCUGGAACCAGAGGAGAAACCAACAGAGAAGGUGGAGCAACCUCCCACCCCUCCUUUCGAGAGUCACUAUGAUGGAGGGUUCCAGCUGCCCGAUUAUGAAGACGUGGAUUAUGGUCUGCCUCCCCGGGAGCCUAAAAAAUUCCCCAGCGAAACAGAUGAAGAGAAGCUUAAGAAAGGAGGCGGCAGUAGCAAGGAGGAAGAGGAGGGUGAGACAGAGGACAGCAAAUGGACAGAGGAGAAAGGCAAGGAGAAAGGGAAGCCAAAGAAAACAGGAGGGAAAAAAUGGGAAACCGAUGAAAAUGUGUGGACUCCAGAAGAGAAAAUAAAAUGCCCGCCCAUCGGGUUGGAAUCCCAUCGAAUUGAGGAUGACCAGAUCUUGUCUUCUUCCAUGCUACGACAUGGUUUAGGAGCUCAGCGUGGACGUCUGAACAUGCAGGCUGGAUCCAAUGAGAAUGAUUACUUUGAUGGUGCAUGGUGCGCAGAGGAUGAAAGUAGCAUACAGUGGAUCCAGGUGGACACAAGACGAAUUACCAAGUUCACAGGAGUCAUCAUCCAAGGCCGGGAUUCUCUCCUCCAUGAGGACUUUGUCACCACUUUCUACGUUGGCUUCAGCAAUGAUAGCCAGAACUGGCUCAUGUACAGUAAUGGUUAUGAAGAAAUGCUUUUUUAUGGAAAUGUUGACAAGGACACUCCUGUGAUGACCGAAUUCCAAGAACCGAAGGUGGCCCGUUAUAUUCGGGUCUUUCCAUUGACCUGGAACGGUAGCCUCUGUAUGAGACUGGAGGUUCUGGGCUGUCCCCUCUCCAGCAUCCACAGCUACUACAGUUUGCAAAAUGAAGUGAUGACAUCAGUGGACAACCUGGACUUUCGCCAUCACAACUACAAGGACAUGAGACAGCUUAUGAAGGUGGUGAAUGAAGAAUGUCCCACAAUCACCCGUAUCUACAAUAUUGGCAAAAGCUUUCGAGGGCUUAAGAUCUAUGCUAUGGAGAUAUCGGAUAAUCCAGGGGAACAUGAACUGGGGGAGCCAGAAUUCCGCUACACUGCAGGCAUUCACGGCAACGAGGUGUUGGGUCGGGAGCUGCUGCUCAUGCUGAUGCAGUUUAUGUGCAAGGAGUUCAAGGACGGGAAUCCGCGCAUCCGGAACCUGGUGACAGAGACCCGCAUCCACCUCGUCCCGUCACUCAAUCCCGAUGGCUAUGAGAUUGCCAGCCAAAUGGGCUCAGAACUGGGGAAUUGGGCUCUGGGACACUGGAAUGAAGAAGGCUUUGAUCUCUUUGAGAACUUCCCUGAUCUCAACAGCAUCCUCUGGGCUGCAGAAGAGAGAAAAUGGGUACCACACAGAGUCCCCAACCACCACAUGCCAAUUCCUGAUCACUACCUUGCAGAAGAUGCUGCAGUGGCCGUUGAGGUGAGGGCCAUCCUAGCCUGGAUGGAGAAGAUCCCCUUUGUGCUUGGUGCCAACUUCCAAGGGGGCGAGAAACUGAUUACCUAUCCUUUUAACAUGGCUCGGCCCAUCAAUGAGAAUGAAGUGGCUCCUCCACCUUCCCUGGAGGACUAUGAAGAGGAGAACCCAGAAAUCAAAGAGACCCCAGAUCAUGCCAUCUUCCGCUGGCUGGCAAUUUCCUACGCAUCGGCCCAUCUCACCAUGACGGAAACAUUUCGUGGAGGUUGUCACGACCAAGAUAUGACCAACGGGAUGGGGAUUGUCAAUGGGGCUAAGUGGAAACCACAAGCGGGCACCCUGAAUGAUUUCAGCUACCUACACUCCAACUGUCUGGAGCUCUCCAUCUACCCUGGGUGUGACAAAUUUCCCCAUGAAAGUGAACUACCACAGGAGUGGGAGAACAACAAGGAAUCAAUGCUGACUUUUAUGGAACAGGUACAUCGCGGUAUUAAGGGCACAGUGACAGAUCAACAAGGAGAUCCCAUCGCAAAUGUGUCCAUUUCUGUGAUGGGGAUCAAACAUGAUGUGCAUACAGCAAGUGGAGGAGAUUACUGGCGCAUCCUGAAUCCUGGCGAAUACCGUGUCAUAGCCAAGGCUGAGGGCUACAAUCCGAGUGUCAAAACCUGCAGCGUCUUUUAUGACAUCGGAGCCACCCAGUGCAACUUCAUCUUGUCACGGUCCAACUGGAAACGCAUCCGAGAGAUCAUGGCCAUGAAUGGCAACCACCCUCUUGGGAGGCCCAUGCCGGGACGACCCAUGACCCCUAGGGAGCGCAUGCGCUGGAGGAUGAGGAUGCGCCAAAGAGCUCGCCUGCGCCAGAAGAUGCUGGAUCGGCUGAGGAAAGCCAGCACAAGCCUUCCCACCACCGUUCCUCCCAGUUCUGCGUUUCCUUUCUGGUUCAGCAGCACCACGCUCCCACCGUGGAGUCAAGAGCCUCCCAUAGCAGAGUCGGCCACUUCUUGGGAUGCCGAUGUCUACACCGAGACGGUGACGGAAUGGGAGACAGUAACGGAGGAAGUAACCGAGGUGGAGAUGACUGGCACUGCCUUUCCAAUGACCACAGCAGAGACGUAUACAGUGAACUUUGGCGACUAGUAUCAGUCUGUCAGCUUGUGAGGACUGCAGGCCAGGAACGUUCUAAAGACAUUCCUAAAGCCUACUCCGCCUCUUCUGGAGCAGGUAGUUGUAUCCGUUCACUGUAGUAGGUGGAGGCAUGUUCUCCUGGUUUUAGGACCCGCCAGGAACCCCCUUGCUUUAAACAGGCUCCAAGCGCCGUCACAUUUGCAUCAUUUAUUUUUCCAAACACAUACACACAUACAAACAGCUUUCUCUUUCUUCUUUGGAUAUAAAGGCUCAGCUUUCUUUUUAGGGUUGGAACACUAAACCUCUGCUGAAUGGGAAAUUGAGGUGAGCAAACUGCACAUCUCAGACUGACUAUAGAAUAGGGAACAAGCUAAGAACAUAAUCCGGCUGAAUCUUUAAUGUUCUGGUAUGUUAAUCUUUUUUUUUUACUCCAUUCUACUUUAUUCUUAUGUUCUUUACACUACAGUGUAAGAUUCUUGCAAUGUGGGGGGGGGGGAGAGAAGCAGACUAGGCCUAUAUCCAGAGGCCCACAGCUAUUGAUUCCCCGUGUAAAUUCACUGAAACAAUAAAGCCCACCAAGCGCUGACAGACACACUUGGAGCACAACUCAACAGUUUUAUCGAAGUGUCCCCAUGACUGCUUAUCUGCAGUCUUAAUACCUUUACGGAAGGGAUGUACUAUAUGAAAAAUUCAGACUUCUUUCCAAUUCUACUUAAGAAGUGAAAGAAUUCUUAAAGCGUAGAAUGAAAACCAUAACUAGAACCGGAGCAAACAUUUAUAAGGGGGGGGGGAGUUUAUUUUUGACUUCUCAAAAUGCCAACCAGGUUAAGUUUCCAAGGCAUAAAUGGCUGUCUUUCAGUUUUGCUCAUUUGAUCUGGUUUGAGAAUUCCCAUAGGAUUCUGGCUAUUUUCCAAAGUGAGGAGAUGCUGCAGCCUAAUCUUUUCCCAGUGACAAAGUCAGCAUCACUUUUUUGUGGUCCUAACAUCAAGGAAAGCUAUUGCCUUGACUGCAACGGUCAAGAAGGAAGAUUGAGAUUUACUAAGUUCAUGGAUGACUUUGAAGCCGCCACUGCCCAGGAGAUAGUCCAGGAUCACCUUGAGCCAUUUCGGUUUUUCCAACAGUUGUAUUAAUUGAAUAAAAUGAAUUAUGUAAGAAA